AUGGGAGAUCCCGACGAAGUCGAUAUGAAGUACUCCGGCGGAACCGUCAGGUUCCGGGACGAUGGCACGGUGAGGCUCAUCGAUACGAACGGCAAAAGCUGGGUCCUCAGUUGGAGCCGGAAUCCUCCUCCUCCGUCACCAUCGUCGUCGCCAUCGGGGGCAGGGGCGGUGAUGCCGGCGGCGGCUGCGGCGGCUGCGGCUGGAAGAGGUCCACUGCAAACUGGUCAGAAGGUUUACGUGAGGGGCCUCUGUGGCAUUACCAGCCGGCCCUGCUGGGUACGAGUGGAGCUGCUCACGCACAUCAGGAUAGCAAAAAAUGGCGGAGGAGGCCAAAGUAGCGGUGGCGGCGGAAGCGACGGUGGUGGCAGUGAGGUUGGCAAGGACGGGAGCUGGUUGGCUGCCCCUACAAAUGCAAGCUUGACAAGCAGCGAAAGCGUGUACGGCAGCAGUGAAGGCGCCGGAGGUACCGAAGGAGGCGGAGGUGAUGGCGGUGUGUUGCCCCCCGGGUCCUCCAUUCUCUCCCACCCGCCACCGAACCCAAGCCCGCCUCCAUCGCGUCCCAGCCCGCCGCAACCAAGCCCAAGCCCUCUUCCACCCUCCAACCCGAACCCAAGCCCCCCUCCAUCGCGUCCCAGCCCGCCGCAACCAAGCCCAAGCCCUCUUCCACCCUCCAACCCGAACCCAAGCCCCCCUCCAUCGCGUCCCAGCCCGCCGCAACCAAGCCCAAGCCCUCUUCCACCCUCCAACCCGAACCCAAGCCCCCCUCCAUCGCGUCCCAGCCCGCCGCAACCAAGCCCAAGCCCUCUUCCACCCUCCAACCCGAACCCAAGCCCCCCUCCACCCGACCACAGCCCGCCGCAACCAAGACCAAGCCCCUUCCCACCAAACCCAAGGCUGCCAGGCCAUCCCAGUUCACCACUACACCCCAGCCCCAGUCCCCACCCGCCGAGCCCCAGCCCGCCGUACCCCAAAAACCCGCCACCCCAGCCCCGGAAGCCGCCGCCGCCACCAAUGCGACUCAGCCCCAGCCCGCGCCCUCCAACGGUCCGAUUUCCCCCACUACCGCGGCGACCGGCGCGGCCGUCACCGCCACCGUAUACACCCGCCAUGCGGAACCAGUUUCCAACAUUUCAGGAGGCGGUCGAGGGCUUUUCGGAGAUCUCCUUUCGGCAUCCCCCGACCCCACCCUGGGGAAUUGUGCCCGACAUGAUGAGGAUUAUGGUGCUUGCGGUGGAUAUCUGUGGUAUUGAGUCUUCGGCAAACAUGACAUUUAUGCAGUCUACCACACUGCCAUCACCGGUUUAUGCACACCGGCUGUGGGCGUCCGCGCAGGAAGUAUGGGCGACAGACAUACGCCCGUUUUUUGAGAAGGGCUCCUUCGGCGACCUCUCAAUGCCCGCCAACGUCAACUUCACCCGCGUGGUGCCUUUCCAUGUGUCCAUCCCCUGCUCAGGGACAAGCUCUCGCGGUGUGCGCUGGUCAGUCACCAGCACGCCAGACGAAGGCAUUCUCUCGGGCAUGGCGGAGGCGGCGGAUUCCGCAGCCAAGGCUCUUGGGAUCCCCGCGGACCGCUACGACACAAGGGUUUACCUGCUACCAGAUGUGAUCGGUAGCAGUUCCUGGGGCACAAUAAACUGCCCUUACAGCCCUUUGCCGGUGCGAGUGUGGACUGGCGCCGUCUCAGGCUCUAACGCCCAAUUGCGGCUCCUUGUGCAUGAGAUGGGACACAACCUUGGGCUAAUGCACUCCAGGGGGUACGACGAGAAUGGUGUACUACUUGAGUACGGCGACGAAUCUUGCCCCAUGGGCUUCGUACAAGUCCCCACGCAUUACAACGCGGCACAGAGCGUGUGGCUAGGCUGGACGGUCCCUCAGGAGGUUUUGGGAGCGGAUAACCUCCUACCAGGCACAUGGACAACCUUUGCACUGCGGGGCCUCGCGGACUCGCACUUCAGUUCGUUGCAGAUCUUGCCGGGGACUUGGAUGUCCAGCGGCUGGGGCGCCAGUGAUAAGCUGUAUGUCAGCUUCCGCCGCCAGACCGCCACAAACACCGACGCAGGGCUGGCGGCGCCCUUCCGUAACAAGGUCCAGGUCCACAUGCACGGCUACGGGUCGCAGGGCUGCACGUCCCCAGUGCUACUCGCAACCCUGGACGUCCCCGCAAACGAUGUCAGCUGGGGCAGUCUCUGGCCGAGGCCAGGCAGUACACUGCCCCAGGACGCGAUCUCUCCGCUGCUCGUAGUGCGGGUGAUGAGGAUCGAUCUGGUGGUCGGCGUAGCGCGAGUUGCGUUGUGCAGGGCUGAGCAGUUCGAGCCGGAGUCCGGCAGUCAGUGCUUUGACAACGUCGACAACGAUUGUGACGGCCUGGUGGCUCUGGUCGACACGGGUUUCUUCUUAUCCUUUACCUCCUUCAACAGAGUAGGCAUGGCGGGGGUGUGGGAGUGGGAGUGGGAGUGGGUAGGUGAAGGGGUACAAAGAACAGGUGUGGCACAGCAACACCACACGAUGUGA